AUGGAUAUCAAAGAGCGAAUCGAGGGCGAUCUUUUUACUGCUGUGCUUCAAAUUCCUCCACGACUUGGGCUGAGAGCCAAAGUCUUUCUGACACUUGACUGUGGAAUAGAGGAAGUGCUUCGAUUCCCAGACGGUGUCGAAACCAUAGUCCGGAAUUGGAAUUCAUCGAGACAUCGCUUCAAUUUGGAUCUCUUGUGCAAUCACGCCGAACAUAUCUGCGAUUUCCUCUGCGAUCGUAUCCCAAAUCCUCCGGCAUGCGAAUACUUGGCCGGGGUGAUCUCUGAGGCGUCAGCGGGGAUGGGUUUCGGCACUCGAAGCUUCUCCAUCACCCUUCACGCCAAACUGACCCAAGAGAGAAUCUUGAUCCUCGUACCAUCUGAUUCUCCGACAAGAGCAGCGCCUGAAUCUCUGUUGCAGAGGCUGUGGGAAGAACGAACGGUGGAUGAGAAGAGAUUUAAGGAAAUGGGUUUGGAAUCGGAGACAUGCUCCAUCUGUCUCCAAGAUUUUCUGGGUUCUUCGGGCAAGAACUUGACCCACAUGCCGUGCUCCCACGUGUUUCACAGCGACUGUGUGUUCGAGUGGCUUCGGAAGCAAAACUCUUGCCCACUGUGCCGACGUGAGAUUUCCGAUGUCCGAGUCUGA